AUGGAUUUAACUGCAAGAGUAACCACUACGUCAGCAAUUAUUGGUCAACUUUUUAUGUCUCUAUCAAUUUUUGGUUGUCAACAAAAUUUUGUUCAACGGUAUUGCAGUAUGGACUCACAAAAACAAGUAACAAGAACCAUGAUGUGGAACAUUCCAGUAAUCACCGUAUUAUUCAGUUUAUCCUGGGUGGUAGGGAUGGUGGUUUACGCAGUCUACGCCAGCUGUGAUCCCCUUUCAUCUGGAUACAUCGACAAAUAUGACGAGGUCCUUCCAUUUUUCGUCGAAGACCGAUUCAGUUAUUUUCCUGGCAUACUGGGGUUGUUUAUGGCCAGUCUUUUCAAUGGGGCUCUCAGCUUGAAUGUCUCCAACUUAAAUUCCCUUGCGACAGUGACCUUCGAAGACUUCGUCCGUCCUUUAUUCAAAGACAUGAAGGACUCUCGACAACUUUGGUCCAUCAAAUUCAUAGGAGUCGUCUACGGACUUGUCAUCAUGGGAAUCAGCUUUGGAGUGGGUCUCUUAGAUGGCGUUAUUGAAUCCUCUAUGUUGGUCACUUCGGCUACUUCUGGACCUCUUCUAGGUGUAUUCGUGAUGGCUUUGUUAAUUCCGUGCGCCAAUUGGAAGGGUGCCGCUAUCGGAGUAAUUUCUGGCCAUUUGGUAACUCUUUGGAUCACCUUCGGUGGUUUGACGAUAGAGAAACCACCUGCAAGUUUCUUGCCUGUAUAUACCGAUGGAUGUGGUAAUACAUCUUUCAACGAUCACAUCUUAAAACCUGAACACAGAUAUCCAAAAUGGACACCUACCACAACUCCUUCGCCUUACUACAUCUAUAACGAUACCCAUACUUUACUUAACACUACAAGAGCGGCUCCAUCUGAUCCCUUACUCAGCUCUACUCAGUGA